AUGGCGUGGUUUACAACUUUGCCUCGUGGAUCGAUCACAAACUUCCGUGACUUCUCAUCAAAAUUCUUGAUCCAAUUCUUGGUGAGCAAAGUUAGGCAAGUGACGAUUGACGAUCUAUACAAUCUGCGUCAGUUCGAGGGAGAAACGCUGAAGCAAUACAUGGCGCAUUACAACGCCACGUCCGUGAAGAUCGAGGAUUCCGAGCCACGUGCUUGUGCCUUGGCGUUCAAGAAUGGACUUCGGCCUGGCUCACUGAACAACAAGUUGAGCAGGAAACCAGCCCGAUCUACGGCAGAGAUACGUGCUCGAGAAAACACAUAUAUCUUGGUUGAGGAAGAUGAUGCGUUCAUGCGAAAGCGCGCAAACAAGGAGGAUGGCGGUGCUCAUGGGAAGCAAGCAGGAAAGGAAAGGCGUAGCGAGGAAAAAGGCGAGGGAAGUAAGCACAAAGAGAAGAAGGGAAGGUCAGUGGCGAAGUUGGUUAAGGAGCUGUUGUACCUGCGGCGAGAGGCUUUAGACCGCCGCCGACCGUGGAAGCCGCAGGAACCUCGGAGGCGAGAAGCAGACAUGGAGCUUAACGCGCAUUUGACAGAUAUUCUACGAGAGGUGAAGGCCACACACAUGGUUGGAGAAUCCGACAAGGUAGAACCCCCACCGCGCAGCGGGAUCGACACAACCAAGUGGUGCGAGUACCGUCGAUCGGUAGGCCAUGACACUAAUGAUUGCUACACCCUGAAGAGGGAGAUAGAGAAGCUGAUCAUGAUGGGCAGCUGA